GAAACAGUGUCAGACUCGAUUCCUCCUCCUCCUCCUCCAAGGAAUUCUGCCCCUUAGCUGUUCAGCCCUCCCCUUUAAAGGGUGACUUGCCCUGCGGCGCUCCACCGCGCUCCAGUCCUCUGGCGCCUCCGGCUCAAUCCUUUGCAACGCCGAUCCGCGCCCGCCUGACUGCCCGUGCCGCGCAGCUCCAGCAGCAAAGCAGAAGGGCGCGCCCGGAGAUGGAGAGCAAAGCCCUGCUCCUAGUGGCCCUGGGAGUUUGGCUCCAGAGUUUGACCGCCUUCCGCGGAGGGGUGGCCGCAGCAGACGUGGGAAGAAAUUUUGCAGACAUCGAAAGUAAAUUUUCCCUAAGGACCCCCGAGGACACAGCUGAGGACACUUGUCAUCUCAUUCCUGGACUAGCAGACUCUGUGUCUAACUGCCACUUCAACCACAGCAGUAAGACCUUCGUGGUGAUCCAUGGAUGGACGGUCACUGGAAUGUAUGAGAGUUGGGUGCCCAAACUUGUGGCCGCCCUGUACAAGAGAGAGCCUGACUCCAACGUCAUUGUAGUAGACUGGUUGUAUCGGGCCCAGCAACAUUAUCCAGUAUCAGCUGGCUACACCAAGCUGGUGGGAAAUGAUGUGGCCAGAUUCAUCAACUGGAUGGAGGAGGAGUUUAACUACCCCCUGGACAACGUCCACCUCUUAGGGUACAGCCUUGGAGCCCACGCUGCCGGCGUGGCGGGAAGUCUAACCAACAAGAAGGUCAAUAGAAUUACUGGCUUGGAUCCGGCUGGGCCUAACUUUGAGUAUGCAGAAGCCCCCAGUCGCCUUUCUCCUGAUGAUGCGGAUUUUGUAGAUGUCUUACACACAUUUACCAGAGGGUCUCCUGGUCGAAGUAUUGGGAUCCAGAAACCAGUAGGGCAUGUUGACAUUUAUCCCAAUGGAGGCACUUUCCAGCCAGGAUGCAACAUUGGAGAAGCCAUCCGUGUGAUUGCAGAGAGAGGACUUGGAGAUGUGGACCAGCUGGUGAAGUGCUCGCACGAGCGAUCCAUUCAUCUCUUCAUCGACUCCCUGCUGAAUGAAGAAAACCCCAGCAAGGCCUACAGGUGCAACUCCAAGGAAGCCUUUGAGAAAGGGCUCUGCCUGAGCUGUAGAAAGAAUCGCUGUAAUAACGUAGGCUAUGAGAUCAACAAGAUCAGAGCCAAGAGAAGCAGCAAGAUGUACCUGAAGACUCGCUCCCAGAUGCCCUACAAAGUGUUCCAUUACCAAGUCAAGAUUCACUUUUCUGGAACUGAGAAUGACAAGCAGCACAACCAGGCCUUCGAGAUUUCACUGUACGGCACAGUGGCCGAGAGUGAGAACAUUCCCUUCACCCUGCCCGAGGUCGCCACAAAUAAAACCUACUCCUUCUUGAUUUACACGGAGGUGGACAUCGGAGAACUGCUGAUGAUGAAACUGAAGUGGAAGAGCGACUCCUACUUCGGCUGGUCCGACUGGUGGAGCAGCCCCGGCUUUGUCAUCGAGAAGAUCCGAGUGAAAGCCGGGGAGACUCAGAAAAAGGUCAUCUUCUGUGCUAGAGAGAAAGUGUCUCAUCUGCAGAAGGGCAAGGACUCUGCGGUGUUUGUGAAAUGCCAUGACAAGUCUCUGAAGAAGUCUGGCUGACGCUGGACAAAGCAACAAGAGAAGAAAGCAUCUGAGUUCUUUGAAGACAGAAGAAAAUGAAGUAAAUUUAAUUUAAAAAAAAAUACCCUUGUUUGGGUGUUUGAAAGUGGGUUUUCCUGAGUAUUAAUCCCAACUCUAUCUCGUUAGUUAACAGAAGACAGUCUCAAAUAUUAAAAGGUGGCUAACCCAGGAUGAGGAAUCUAAUGGCCUAUAGAAGGUCUUCCAGCAUCAGAAGACAGCAAGCAGGAGAGACAUGCUGUCUUAUAUCCCUUAAGAAGGAAACAUUUGUUCCCAAUCAUGUAAGACCCCUUCAUGUGACCCAUUUGGUCAUAGUCUAAAACUAGCAAGAGCCGCUUGUUUUCAUUAGAACGCCGAGGUAUUAAAUUGAGACCUUUUCAAAGUUUUCUCGAAGUCUAAUAUAGAUAAUGUGUUUUAAGGCAUGAGUCAAAUCCAUUCCUUUAGCAGUCAAAACACCUGGCCUUUGUUAACUAGUUUUUUUUACCAUUAGGAUAUAGCCCCCACGAAAGAAAGAAAGAAAGAAAGAAAGAAAGAAAGAAAGAAAGAAAGAAAGAAAG